UUCCCCCCGGCGCGCGCUGCUCACGUGGUCACCGAGAGGCAGAGGCGGAAGAAGGCGCCGGUGGAUGGGCGCGCGCGGGCGAUUUUGUAUUUUGUAGAUACAUUGUUUUGUAUAUACUGUAUAUGAUGACUUCGGUGGGCAGUGAACGUACCCGGGGCACUCGGGACAAAAUGCAAAUUUCAGCCACACAGCCAACACAACCACAGAAACAAGUAGUGCAGGCAACAGCAGAACAGAUUCGCCUUGCUCAGAUGAUCUAUGAUAAGAAUGAUGCAGAUUUUGAAGAUAAAGUGAAACAACUUAUGGAAGUGACGGGGAAGAACCAGGAUGAAUGCAUAGUGGCACUACAUGAUUGUAAUGGGGAUGUGAACAGAGCAAUCAACAUUCUGCUGGAAGGAAGUUCAGACACGACUUCUUGGGAGACUGUAGGGGGAAAGAAGAAAAGCCUUGGAAAGGAAGGUUCAGAAAACAAAGAGAACAGAGAGAAACGAGGGGACAGAGAAGUGAGUCGCGGACGGGGAAGUUCCAACAGACGGGGAAGAGGAGGCAGCCGUGGACGAGAGUUUAGAGCUGAAGAGAAUGGAGUGGACAGCAAUCAAGGAGACAGGCCUUCAGACCGUGGGAAACGUGGCCGUGGGAGAGGGUUUGGACGUGGCAGAGGGAGAGGAGCGGGGAGGUUUUCAGCCCAAGGCAUGGGGACAUUUAAUCCUGCAGACUAUUCGGAGUCUUCUGCCACUGAUGGCUUUGGGACAAAAUCAGAGAUUUGGGAGACUGGUCAGAAUGAUGCAGAUGAUGGAACUGAGCCCACACAGAGCGGAUGUUACCUUGCUCAGGACCUGCCAAAUAAUUUUGGAUUCCAAGGGGCAUGGAAGAACUCAAUAGAAGAAUGGACAGCAGAAGACUGGAAUGAAGAUCUUUCUGAAACAAAAGUCUUCACUGCAUCUUCUGUUCCGGCUGAAAAUCAUGUGACUCCUGGGCAAAGCAUUGAUUUGGUGACACUGCUUCAAAAGCCAGUCACAUCUACCCAAGAAACAGAAGGCAACUCAUUUGAGUCUCCCCAGCAGCAGACCUUUGGCCAAGCCUUAGUAUUCACAAAUUCUCAGCACAGCACGCAGAUGGCAUCAGGAACAGGCAGCUCCAGUGCUGUAAACUCUUAUUCUCCUCAAAGUCUGUCGGCAGUUCUUUGUUCUGGCUUUGGAGAGCUCAGAUCUUCUAAACUGACAAAUUCUACUGGUUCCCAAAUCUUGGACCAAUUGAAAUCACCAGGAUUGGGUCAGUUUACCUCUCAACAAACUAAUAGCAGUUCUGCCACCACUAGCACAGUUGCUGCAUCAUCCUGGGAUCUAAAACCACCUAGUACUCAGUCCUCAGUCCUCAGUCAGUUUGACUUUAAAUCCCAGCCUGAGCCAUCUCCAGUUCUGAGCCAGCUGACACAGCGACAGCAACAAAUGCAGGUGGUUCCUGUUCCUCCUCCUGGGCUGGAGUCAUCCUCCUCCCAAGUAAAACUCCGAGAGCCAUCACCAGUGGACACCUCUACAGCUGUUAGCAAAAUAUUACAGCUCCCCACUAUCUCUAUGGAUAGCCAGGCAGUGACUGUUCAUCAAACCCAACAGAAACAGAUAAAACCGCCAAAAAGGAGGAUAACUCCAGCAUCCAAGAUUCCUGCCUCUGCUGUGGAGAUGCCUGGAUCAGCGGACAUGACAGGGUUAAAUGUUCAGUUUGGAGCUCUUGAGUUUGGAUCAGAGCCUACACUCCCAGAGUUUGGAUCAACUUCAAGCAGUGAAAAUACCAACCAGGCGACCAACAAUAGCUUAUAUUCAAAAUCUGUAAAUGAUCCUUUGAAUACCUCUUUGCCAAUAUCCAAUACAGUACAGGACUCCACCUACACAACCUCUGCCAUCAGCUCUUCCAGUCUGACUUGCUCAUCCCAGAGCACUAGCCCAGUAACAACUUCCUCCUAUGACCAGACUUCUGUGCAUAGCAGGAUAGCGUACCAAAGCUCCAUGGCUCUGUCUGAACCAGCCCCUGUUGCAGUUACGAACGGACACAGUGGUGUUAGGACACAGGCAACACUUGACACUAUUUCAUCAAUUGCAGCACCUAAGACAGAGCCUUCUCCCUCGCUACCUUCUGCUGGUUCUCUGCCCAGUGUGGUGUCUACCACGGCCUCGCUUCUGCCUUCGGCAUCGCAGCACGUGGCAGCAUUGCCCAGCUUGCCUCAGUCCAGUGAUCUGGCCAGCAGCUCACUCUCCCAGCUGAGCAGCUCCCUUUCCAAUCAUCAGACCAACCUCUCUCCUGCCUCAGUGUUGUCUUCAGGCACAUCACAUGUGCACACUAGUAUUGAGAACACAACUUCGCUCCAGCCCUCAACAACCUUUUCAACUGCUUCAACCACUAGCACCACCUCCUCGGUUGUCAGCAUGGCAAGCAGUAUGAACACUACAAACAGCCUUGGCCUGAGUGUUACCAGUGUGUCUAUACCAGCUGCUACCACACGGGCAGCUCCCUUAGUGUCUUCAGGAAAUCUUACAGAGAGAAGCAAAGCACCCCCAAACCUGCCCCAAGGUGUACCACCCUUGUUGCAUAACCAGUAUAUUGUGGGACCUGGAGGACUUCUGCCUGCCUACCCACAGAUUUAUGGUUAUGAUGAUCUCCAGAUGCUUCAAUCCAGACUGCCAAUGGAUUACUAUGGAAUUACAUUCCCGGCUCCUGCAACCUUGACAGGCAGAGAUGGAAGCCUUGCUAACAACCCAUACUCAGGUGACGUAACAAAAUUUGGCCGUGGAGAUACCGCCUCUCCUGCUCCUGCAACCACACUGGCCCAGCCACAGCAGAACCAGACACAGACUCACCACACGACUCAGCAGCCUUUCCUCAACCCGACCCUGCCCCCAGGGUACAGCUACACUGGGCUCCCUUACUAUGCAGGGAUGCCUGGUGUUCCCAGUGCAUUCCAAUAUGGGCCAACCAUGUUUGUACCUCCAGCAUCUGCUAAACAGCAUGGAGUCAACCUGAACACGGCGUCGACUCCCUUUCAGCAGGCGAGUGGCUACAGCCAGCAUGGCUACGGUGCAGGCUACGAUGACUUAACGCAGGGAACGGCCACUGGAGAUUACAGCAAAGGAGGCUACAGUGGGUCAUCUCAAGCACAAAACAAAUCUGCUGGCACUGGACCUGGGAAAGGUGUUUCUGUGACCUCAAGUAACACGGGUGUGCCUGAUAUCAGUGGCUCAGUCUAUAACAAGACUCAGACAUUUGACAAACAGGGAUUCCAUGCUGGCACACCACCUUCUUUUAGCCUACCUUCUGCUCUCGGAUCAACUGGGCUGAACCCUGGUGCUGCCCCAGGUUAUGCUCCAGCCCCGUUUCUCCAUAUCCUCCCUGUGCAUCAGCAGCCUCAUUCUCAGAUGCUGCAUCACCAUCUUCAGCAAGAUGGGCAGGGUGGAUCUGGCCAACGCAAUCAACCCAGCACCAUGCAGCAAAAGUCUCAGGCUACCAAAACCUAUGGUACUUCUCCAUACUGGACAAACUAAAUCCAAAACUGGGGAGGGGGGAGAGAAUGAAAGGAGAGGAGGCAAAAAAAAAAAAGAGAAAAAGAAAAAGCUGACCCCCAUUCCUAGA